UGACCAAAUUACUCAACUUUUUCUACACCUUACCACCUGUCCAUUUACUCAAAAUGAAUGGCACUGAGGGCAACAACUUCUACAUCCCCAUGUCCAACAGGACUGGGCUUGUAAGGAGUCCUUUUCUAUACCCUCAGUACUACUUGGCGGAUCCAUGGCAAUUCUAUCUGCUUGCUGUCUACAUGUUCUUCCUGAUCUGUUUUGGAUUCCCCAUCAACGGUCUGACCCUGUAUGUCACAGCCACAAACAAGAAGCUCCAGCAACCUCUGAACUUCAUUCUGGUCAAUUUGGCUCUGGCUGGGUUGAUCAUGGUUCUCUUUGGAUUCACUAUCACCAUUACAUCUGCUGUCAAUGGCUACUUCAUCUGGGGACCAUUGGGCUGUGCCAUUGAGGGAUUCAUGGCUACACUUGGAGGUCAGGUGGCUCUGUGGUCUCUGGUGGUGCUGGCAAUUGAGAGAUACAUUGUGGUCUGCAAGCCCAUGGGCAGCUUCAAAUUCAGUGUCGCCCAUGCUGGUGCUGGUGUUGGAUUCACCUGGGUGAUGGCUGCCACCUGCGCUGUUCCCCCACUGGUUGGCUGGUCCAGAUACAUCCCUGAGGGCAUGCAGUGUUCAUGUGGACCUGACUACUAUACUCUGAGUCCAGGCUACAACAAUGACUCAUAUGUCAUAUACAUGUUUGUCUGCCACUUCAUGGUUCCAGUCUUCAUCAUUGCCUUCACUUAUGGAAGCCUUGUCCUCACAGUCAAGGCGGCGGCAGCUUCCCAGCAGGACUCAGCAUCCACCCAGAAAGCUGAGAAGGAAGUGACACGUAUGUGCCUCCUGAUGGUUAUGGGUUUUCUGAUUGCCUGGACCCCCUAUGCCUCUGUUGCUGCUUGGAUCUUCUUCAACAAAGGAGCUGCGUUCACUGCCCUGUUCAUGGCUGUCCCAGCCUUCUUCUCAAAGAGCUCAGCCAUCUUCAACCCAGUCAUCUAUGUGCUGAUGAACAAACAGUUCCGUAACUGCAUGCUGGCUGCUGUAGGCAUAGCAGCCCCUGAGGAUGAGACUUCUGUGUCAACAAGCAAGACAGAAGUGUCUUCUGUGGGCCCUGCAUAGAGACUUCCCUCAUGCUGCACUUCCUGCCCUCUGAUUUCUACCCUUGUCUGAUGCUCUACAUGGACUGCUUUUGAAGACACACUACUUUCACCAAAUGGACAUUAAACUGUACUGACCUGUAAUGAUUGGGCUCUGUUGUUCUCUCUACGCUCACAGACUGUGCCACUUAAUGUAGUUGAGAAUUGACUUGACAUACAUUAUACUCGUCCAAAAGAAACAGCUGAUUUCCCUCUUAUAGGUGGUAACAAAUGGAUGAGCCUCAGGCUUUCAGAACAGCUCUAAUGUUUGUCUUGAUGGAUGAUGAAAUUGUAUUUUUAUUUUAUGGCGAGGCCAGCAAUUAUUUUGUUGUCAUCAUUUCCUGUGUAUACAGUAUUUUAUAAAUAAAUCUAG